AUCAGUCACUCAGUUCAGUUGAUCUGAGACAUGUCCACACAUGUAGCUAAGGCUAGCCUACUUUAGUUAAUUGACGAGUUGUGGAAAUAGCCAAGGAAAUACAUUAGUCAACCAUUGUAGAAAGACUACUGUCAAGAUAAAACACAGACCUAUGCGGUUUGUAUAUGUUUGUUAUUAUUCUGUUAAUGUUUAAGGUUAGGCCUAGCAGCUAUCUGCGCCUGUAGCCUAGCCUACUGCGAAUGGAGUUUAACCUCGCCAAAGGGUUGUUUCCAGCCGCCACAUUUAUCAACACACUCUUACACCGGAAUUGGAAUCUUACGGAAAUGGCUUUGAGAAACAGCUGUGGUCGCCAUAUCGAUGCUAGGUCUACACCUCACAACCGAAGAAUUGUGAAUCUUGAUAAGAAGACCCGUGAAGAAGUCAUCGCCAUUAUUGAAAACCUCAGCAAUAAGCAAUGGCAAAUUUUGACAAGAGACUUGGAUAAUAUCACCAGAGAGGAGUUUGCUAUGGUUUGCGUGGGGAUUGUGCAGCAGUUGACGGACGCCACCUACAAGAGGAGCAAAUUGGCGAACUCCCAUGAAAAAACAUUUGCAAGAGCUGCACCACAUCCUUCUACUGUUGUGUCCCCACUGGAAUCACCUCAGGGGAAUGCUGUCACCACAGCAAUUAUGCAGGAGGUCAAACUAGCCUUGUCAGCAGCCUUGGAUAACAGUGUUUCAGGGAAAGAUUCAUCCUCUGCCAUCACUGAAGGUUGGAGUGCGCUUUUCCUCCAACUGGAAGAGGAGACUUUGAAUGUACUCACGGCGAGACUUGACUCUUCUGAUUUUUUUGCACGAAUAACCAAAGCCAGCUGCUCGUCAGGAGAAGAUGCUCAGCUGGACUCUGAACCUGGACUCUGCUCCAUAGGCCUCACAGUGUCAUCUGAUGAGGACACCAUGGAGAGCAGUGGUGAACAACCUGAGGCUGCAGCAGCAACUAACAAUGCUGUGGAGGAGGAUAUGAUCUCAUUCAAGGAGGAAGAGGUCACUACAGCGUGCACAAAUGAAGUGAUUAGUCAAAUUUGUGAUGUUUACAAGUCUGCUGAGCUGGAGGCGGAACGCCUCAGGGCCGCCAGAGAAAGAGAAGAAGAGUUGUCCCUCUUGACCAGCCAUUUUGUGGACAAUGUCAUGAUCCAGCUCAAAGAGCUGUCAUCUGUUGGGAAGUCUGUGGCCUUUCGGUGGGUGCCAAAGGACGUGUGGGUGCCAGCCUCUGUCUGGGCUUCAAGCGCUGCUGACCAGAAUAUCUUGAGUCCGCAGUUCCAGAUUGCGGCUCAGCAGAAGGUCAGUAAGGUCCUCAGACAGUCCAUGUCUGGGGAGGCACCUUUGGGUCAUGUCCCUUCUGUGGCCACUGACAUUGUGGGGACAAUAGUGAGAAGUCUGACCAAUUUGCCACACUCAAUUGGAUCCUUGAGGUCUGCAGAGGACAGGGAUGACACCACUGGCACAGCUCAGAACAUAUACCACAAUGUCCAGAGCAAGGUGAACGACUUCCUAUGGAGUAAGAAGAUCAAUAAAAAGGUCAGUGACUCCGAGUCUAGUGAGGGCACUCUAGCAUAUGAUACGGAGAGCUCUUGUGGGACAGGUGAGGAGGAGGUGGAGGAAGAUGAUGAGGAGGAAACAAGUAUGGAGGGUGAAGAUUUCCACUUAAAAUCAUCAAAUGAUGGAGUGCCACUCUCACAUAUAAAGCCAAAGGAAAACCAAAUUAAAACUGUUCCAGAGGUUUCUUGGAGUAGGUCAAAAGGAGGUUCUACCUCGGAACAGAGGACACCUAGGAGAAAAGCAGACUUAGAACUUGAUCUCAGUAAAACCAACCAACAUCCUGAACAAACAACACCAGCCUCAAGAACAUCACAGCAUUCCCGACGCCUGCCAUCUAUAGAUGUAAAUGCAACAACAGAUUAUUUGCGCAAGUUACUGUGUUGCGUUCAAGCAGAUGGACAGGUCAGAGCUGAAGACAUUACAAAUUUGACAAAAGCAGAAACUUCAACAUUGCACAACACCUCUAAAUCACACAAUUCUGAUAUUAUUGUGAUCAUGGAGACAACAAAUUAUUCAGAAACUUUAGUAGACAGUGCACCUGGGAGUAAAGCUAAUCUAGAACUUGAUGCUGGUACUCAGUGUUCUGAAGAAACAUUAUCAGCUUCAAGAACAGCACAUCCUGUGGGUCAGCUGCCACCUAUAGACAGGAAUACCACUAGAGAUUAUUGGCGUAUAUUACUGUGUUGCAUAAAAUCCGAGGAUCAGGUCAAGACUGAAGACGUGACCGAAGCAGGAACUUCAACAUUUUGUAACGUGGCUGAAUCACAUGUGUCUGAUAUUAUCCUGAUCAUGGACAGAGAAACUUCAUUAGACCAUAUGUGAGUCUUAGCAUCCCGAAGCCUGCCCAUGGUCUUUAACUCCAGAGGGCCUUUCAGGACUAUGUGAAAGACUUGUUUUCAUUCUGAAAAUGUUGCCAAGCUGUAUGUAUGAGACAUAUUCAACUUCACAUGGAUAUAAGAUGGUGCUGGGAUAGUGUAUGUGAAGUAAUUUACUCUAACCGGCAGAAGCUCAACAAAAUGUAUUUUAGAUUUUAAGAUGAUAAAGAAAUACAUUUAA